AUGAUUACAGAUCUUGGCAAUGGAUGGCGUCGCUAUGGUGACGCUGCUAUCAAGCUAUUUUCAGAGAAGAAGAACUGGACCGAUGCUCGUCACCAUUGUCAGUCGUUAGGUGCUGAUCUUCUCUCCAUUACAAGCUCACACGAAAACAACUUUGUGAAUGAAGUCUUUGUGAAGCAGCUGAACUUGUCAUACUUCAGAGAAGAUUAUCCAGAUUUUGGGACGCCAUCUGAAGUCUGGAAGCUGAACCAAUCCGUUCCAACUGUAAAACUGUUCGGACCACCUGACAAUGUGCUGUACAAAGCCGUUAAUGGAGAGACUGCUUUGUAUUUUAGUGAGGAAGUGGUUAAGAAGAAUGCUGAGAAAAAAUGGCGGGAAAAAAAAGUCCAAAACAUGAUGAAGAGAUUCCAAGCAUUGCUGUCAACAUCAAAACCAACAGCUUUGUAA